AUGUUCGAAGCAUCACAAAACGGACCACAACCGACUCAUUCUGCUGCAACUUCAGCGCCGGGGCCAAAACGGCAGGUGGAAUUCGACGAGCUUCUGAAACCUUUCUACGACGGCAAGCAUUUGACAGACCCCAUCGACACCGCACGGGAUAAGUGGAAUCUACUGCCGGCCUUCCUCCAGGUCAAAGGGCUCGUGAAGCAGCACAUCGACAGCUUCAAUUACUUCGUCGACGUUGAGCUGAAGAACAUUGUCAAAGCCAACCAAUAUGUGCGAAGCGAUGUGGACAGCAGGUGGUUCCUCAAAUAUGAGGAUAUCCGAGUGCUUGCGCCAAAUCGUGUCGAGGAAGACAACAACGAGCGAUUCGCUGGCAAAUCCAGCGUCACCCCGAACGAAUGCCGACUUCGAGACAUGACAUACUCGGCUCCUGUGGUAGUCGACAUUGUAUACAAGCGGGACAAACAUGCUGUCAGACGGAGAAAUGUCCGCGUUGCAAGAUUGCCGGUCAUGUUGCGAAGCAAAAUUUGCACUCUGAGUGACCGUACGGAUGCCGAGCUUGCCGGCCUUAACGAAUGCUCAAUUGACCCCGGCGGAUACUUCAUUGUUCGUGGUCAAGAGAAAGUUAUUCUCGUGCAGGAGCAACUCAGCAAAAACCGAGUUAUCGUGGAAGCGAUGAAAGGCAUAAUCCAGGCGUCGGUCACCAGCUCAACACACGAGAGGAAGUCCAAGACCUAUGUGCUGCUGAAGAAGGGCCAUAUAUUCCUCAAGCACAACAUUCUCCAAGAGGAUGUCCCAAUCGUCAUUAUUCUGAAAGCGAUGGGAAUACAGUCUGAUCAAGAAAUCAUGGGUCUAGUCGCAGGAGCAGAUGUCAUCUACCAAGACUUCUUCGCCAUCAACUUCGAAGAUGCCGUACGAGAAGAGGUCUUCACCCAAGUCCAGGCCUUGGAAUAUAUUGGCAGCCGAGUCAGGAUCAUGAGAAAACCUGUGGGAACGUCCCAAAAACGAAACCACCAACACGAAGCUAUGGAGGCGCUCGCUUCCAUCAUCAUUACGCAUGUACCGGUUUUAGGGAUGAACUUCAAACCGAAGGCCAUCUACAUUGCAUUUAUGGUCCGAAGAGUUCUGAUGACUAUGCACGAUCCCACACUUAUCGACGAUCGUGACUAUGUCGGAAAUAAGAGGCUCGAACUUGCCGGACAGAUGCUCUCGCUGCUGUUCGAGGACCAUUUCAAGAGAUUCAAUCACGAAUUCAAGCUAAGGGUCGACAAAGUCCUCGGGAAAACGAAUCGAGGCGCUUCGUUUGAUGCAGGAGAUUUCCUCAGUCUUCAUGUGGGAAGCAUCACACAGGGAAUGGAAAGGGCCAUUUCUACGGGAAAUUGGAGUCUCAAGCGGUUCAAGAUGGAGCGAGCAGGAGUUACUCACGUCCUCAGCCGUCUGAGUUAUAUAAGCGCGCUUGGAAUGAUGACGAGAAUAUCCAGUCAGUUCGAAAAGACACGAAAAGUCAGCGGUCCUCGUGCUCUCCAGCCAUCUCAAUUCGGGAUGUUAUGUCCGGCCGAUACUCCGGAAGGAGAAGCCUGCGGUCUGGUCAAGAAUCUGGCGCUGAUGACCCACAUCACCACCGAAGAUGACGAAGAACCCGUACGAAAGCUUGUCUUCAUCCUUGGAGCUGAAGAUGUUACUACCGCGAGCGGGGAGGAGAUGUACAAGGAUGGAUCCUAUAUCGUCUUCAUCAACGGGACCCCCCUCGCCCUUACUCAGCAACCGAAGCGGUAUCUCAACGCAUUUCGGAAAUUCCGGAGGAUGGGGAAGAUUUCCGAAUUCGUGAGCAUUCAUAUCAACCACCAUUAUAACGCGGUUCACAUUGCCACGGAUGAAGGACGUAUUUGCAGACCUCUCAUCGUGGUGGAGAAUUCGAAGUCGCGAGUCACAGCGAAACACCUCGACGCGCUACGGAAAGGCACCAUGGCUUUCGAUGACUUCUUGUCCUGCGGAGUAGUCGAGUACCUCGAUGUCAACGAAGAGAACGACUCGAACAUUGCCAUCUACGAACCAGAUAUUGACGCUACAACCACUCAUCUUGAGAUUGAACCGUUCACCCUUCUCGGUGCCGUUGCAGGUCUCAUCCCUUACCCUCACCACAAUCAAUCACCCCGAAAUACCUACCAAUGUGCAAUGGGCAAGCAAGCCAUCGGUGCCAUUGCAUAUAAUCAGUUCAACCGAAUCGAUACAUUAUUGUACCUCAUGGUAUACCCUCAGAAACCAAUGUGCAAGACUCGAACGAUCGAGUUGAUCAAAUACGACAAGCUGCCAGCCGGACAGAAUGCUACCGUUGCGGUUAUGUCCUACUCAGGCUACGACAUCGAGGACGCUCUCGUCUUGAACAAGGCAUCAUGCGACCGAGGGUUUGGCAGAUGUCAAGUCUUCCGAAAGGUCAGCACGCCUCUCAAGAAAUACCACAGCGGAAGCAUGGAACGGAUCAAUGAGCAGUCACGAGUAGAAGGAGAACGACGGUUCGAGAAAAUCGGAAGAGACGGGUGCGUCGAAGUUGGAGAGAAGGUCGAAAAAGACCACUUCAUCCUCCUCAAACAAACGCCCGUGAACACCACCGCGGGUUUGAGCGUGGUCUCCAACUCACGAAACACCGAGUACCGUAACACCUUCUUAUCGUACAAGCUCCCGGACCCCUGCUAUAUUGACAAAGUCAUGUUCACCCUCAACGAAAGCGACGCGACCAUUAUCAAGAUCCAAACCCGACAGACCCGGAUCCCCGAACUCGGUGACAAGUUCUCCUCCCGCCACGGGCAAAAGGGCGUCGUCGGCCUCAUCGCCGAGCAAGCCGACAUGCCGUUCUCGGACAAAGGCGUCGUCCCGGACGUCAUCAUGAACCCACACGGUUUCCCAUCGCGCAUGACGGUCGGCAAGAUGCUCGAGCUCGUCGCCGGAAAAGCGGGCGUGAUGUCUGGCGAUUUCGGAUACGGCACGGCGUUUGGCGGCAGUAAGAUCGAGGACAUGGCGGACAUCCUCGUCCAGCACGGGUUUAGUUACGCGGGGAAGGACGGGCUGACCAGCGGGAUCACCGGCGAAUGUCUACCUGCCUAUGUCUUUACCGGGCCGAUCUACUAUCAGAAGCUCAAGCACAUGGUCCAAGACAAGAUGCACGCGCGAGCCCGAGGUCCUCGUGCCAUCCUGACGCGACAGCCCACAGAAGGUCGAUCAAGGGAUGGUGGGCUGCGGCUGGGAGAGAUGGAGCGCGAUUGUUUGAUUGCGUAUGGAGCGAGCCAACUGUUGCUAGAGCGGCUGAUGAUCAGCAGCGAUGCCCACGAGUGCGAUAUCUGCGAAGUGUGCGGGAUGAUGGGGUAUAAAGGCUGGUGUCAGACGUGCGAGAGCUCCAAAGGCAUGGUGCGGAUGACGUUGCCAUAUGCCGCGAAGUUGCUGAUUCAGGAGCUGCUGAGUAUGAAUGUGAAGGCGAGCUUGGUGCUGGAGGACGAGUUUCCAGCUCCGAAACGGUAA